AUGCUUAAUUUAGCUGGUUUUGUUAAGAAGGCAGUUCAUAAUUCUACUUCAAGUUUUAUUGGUAAUCUUUGGAUUCUUUGGAGUGAAGAUAUUGAAGAGCUAGUGGUGUUAAAUAUGACUAGGCAUGCUAUUACGGUGAAGACAGAAGGAGUCUUUAUUUCUUGUGUUCAUGCUAGUUAUACCCAAGUUUUUAGAAGGAGAUUAUGGAGUCAACUUUCUGUGGUGGAUUCUACUACUUCUUGGUUGGUAAUUGGAGAUUUUAACUGUGUUCUUCAAAAUGAUGAGAAGAAGGGUGGUAGAGAUGUUCUUACUUCUAGUAUUAAUGAAUUCAGUGACUGGAUGGAAGGGAAUGGUCUUUUUGAGGCAGAUUCUUUGGGUUUUAAUUUCACUUGGACUAAUGGCCAAUCGGGGGUGAGAAGAAUUAUUAGCAAGCCGAGACGUGCUCCUUUCAGAAUUCAGAAAAUGUGGUUUACGCAUCCUGAUUUUUUGAGAAUGGUUGAGACUUCUUGGAAUGCUCUAGUGUAUGGUAAUCCGUAUUUUAUUUUUCCUUUCAAGCUGAAGAGAUUGAAGGAAGCUAUGAAGUUGUGGAAUCAACAGGUGUUUGGUAAUGUGAAUGCAAGACUCAAACAGGCUAAAUUGAAGUUUGAAGUGGCUAGUAGGAAUUCGGAUGAGGACCCUUUUGACACUUCUAACCAGAAUGUUCAGGAGGUGCGUAUGCAGCAGCAUAUUAUGUUGAAGCAAAAAUCUCGCAACAAAUGGAUCUUAGAGGGUUCUAGCAAUACUUCAUAUUUCCAUAUUACUAUUAAUACUCGUAGAAGUGUCAAUACAAUUUCGGAGUUGGUGACAGAUGAUGGGUCCCUUAUUAUUGAUCCGGACCAAUUAAGAGACUAUGUUGUUUCUUAUUAUGAGAGUAAAUUUAAUGGAGUAGGUACGCAGAUUGAGGAUAGUUUGUUUGAGUAUGAACAUAAUUCUAUUUCUCUUGAGGAAAGACAUAUGUUGGAUUCUAUUCCUUCUUUGGAGGAAAUUAAGGCGGCGGUGUUUGCUUUGGGUGCGGAUAGUGCUUCAGGUCCGGAUGGUUUCUCAGGGUGUUUUUAUAAACAUUGUUGGGAUUUAAUUCAUCAAGACCUAGCUAAGGCUAUUAUUUUUUGCUGGAACAACAAAACUAUUCCUAAUGGGGCUAAUUCUAGUCUCACUCUUUUGCUUGCUAAGGUAAGAGGUGGGGAUAGCCUGGAGAAAUAUAGACCAAUUGGUCUAAGUAAUUUUUUCUUCAAAAUUUUUACCAAAAUUUUAGCAACCAGACUUGGAAAAGUCUUAGAUAAUUUUGUUUCAGAGGAACAAGUGGCUUUUAUGAAGGGGAGAAAUAUUCAUGAAAAUAUUAGUUUGGCGUCUGGAUUGGUUAAUGAGCUGCACAUUAAAAGAAAGGAUGGUAACUUAGGUCUCAAACUUGAUAUUUCUCAAGCUUUUGAUACAGGUAAUAUGAUGAGUCUAACAAACUUAGUGAAGCUCCUGUGUGAUUAUCAACAAGCUUCUGGUCAGCGAAUAUUUGGGGUUAAGGUGAUGCCUGUAGUGGUGAAGUAUAGCCAUAUUAGUAACGUGGUGGAUAAACUGAAGGACCAACUUUCGGUUUACAAAGGUAAAAUGCUUUCCUUUCAGGAUCUUGUGGUACUUGUUAAAACUGUCCUUUCAAGUUAUGUGAUUCAUAACAUGGCUGUGUAUAAAUGGCAUGUUAAAUUUGUUAAACAAUGUGAACGUGUGAUUCGUAAUUUCCUUUGGUCGGGAGAUUCAAACUUGGCUAGAGCUUUUGUGGUUGGUUAUGACAAGAUCUGCAGUCCGGUGCGGGAAGGGGGUCUUGGGCUUACUAGCCUAAGCAACAUGAACAAGGCACUGAUUAUGAAGUUGUGGUGGAGUAUUAAAAAUUCUACGAAGAAAUGGGCUAGAUUUCUGGAAUCGAAAUUCACUUGUAGAGAUGGUCGGCUGAAGUUGGAUGGAGUUAAAUCUUCAAUUCUUCCUGGGAUUCGUUGGGUGCACACUGAAGUUAUGUGCAACACUAAAUCUUUAAUUGGUGACGGUAGAGCAACUUCACUAUUUUAUGAUGUAUGGUAUGGGACUGAAACUUUGGAAGAUGUUUUGCAACAACCUGACCUUGACAGAAAUGCAAGGGUUAGUGAAAUCAUUGUGCUGGAUCAAUGGCAGCUGGAAGGAGUUCAUAUGCACGACCCCGUCAGUGCUGGUGUGGAUCUGGAGAGCUUGCCAAGGAGGCACACAUGCAGUGAUAGGAAGAUAUGGAUGCCGGACCUUAAAGGUUUAUUCUCUGUUAAGUCUGCAAGGGAGCUGGUGAGGAUGAGAUAUCCGGUGCUGGAGGAAGCAAAUCUGUUAUGGAAGAGUGUUGUGCGCCCUUCUUUGGAAGCACAAAAUUGGAAGUUUGUCAGGGGAUCUUGUGCAACUCUGGAUAAAGUAAAGAGCAGGUUCAAGAUAGCUCUUCCGUCGAGGUGCAGUGUGUGCCAGAUUGAGGAGGAGUCUUUGGAACAUGUUCUUUGGAGCUGUAGUGCUGCGAAUCGGGCUUGGCAUUGGCUGGCAGGUAUUUUCCAUAUUAUUCCUCAUUAUAACUUGCUUGCUGCUAACAAGGAAGCGAAAGGGCGUAGUAGAAUGGUUAAAGACCUGUGGUUAGUCUCAAUCUUGGUGCUGCGUUCGGAGCUGUGGUACCAAAGGAAUAAGAUGGUCUAUGAAAGGACCUAUAACGAAGUGUAG